AUGAAAGAAGUACCACAAACGUAUAACGGUAUAGCUAAAAAGUUUAUGAGUACUAUCUCCCAGAUGAGAUCUAUUCGGAUUGACGUUGUCUUUGAUCAAUAUUUUUCGCCUUCUAUCAAAGAUUGUGAACAUUCACGUCGAGAAGAAGCAACCAGUCCAGUAUCAAUUGGUCCAAAUCAAGUUCGACCACAUAAUUUUGCAGCAGAACUUAAAAAUAUACAAUUUAAAGAAGCUCUAGUUAACUUUUUUAUAGAUCACUGGGAUAGUGAAGAUAUGGUACCUUUCAUUGGUAAUAAAAAUAUUUAUGUAAGUUACAAUAAAUGUUAUUCUUACAAAGUUUUAAAUAACAAAGUAAUCAAAACCACUGAAGAAUCAUUAUCACGUGAAGAACAUGAAGAAGCCGAAUCUAGAAUUAUAUUUCAUAUUUGUCAAAUCGAUUUUGACGCUAAAGUUGUUAUACGCUGUUCUGACUCUGAUAUUUUAAUUAUACUUCUGGGAAAUAUGGAUCACUUAAACUUAUCUUUAAACAUCUGGAUGAAUAUGGGUGUAGGAAAUCAUCAGCGAUGCAUUAACAUCAAUGAAAUAUACCGAAUACUUGGAGUCUCUUUAUGUAAAGCUUUGCCAUGCUUCCACGCAAUCACUGGGUGUGAUUACACACCAGCAUUUUUUAGAAAAGGCAAAGUUAGGCCUUUUAAAAUGUUAGAGACAUCGAUCGAAUAUCAAUUAGCUUUUCAAAAUAUAAUUACUGAUGACGAAGACAUACUUGAAACUACCUUUAUAACCCUGGAGAAGUUUAUUUGUCAAAUGUAUGGAGUUAAAAAUUCUUCGGAUGUUAAUGAUGUUCGAUUUCAUCUAAUCUCAAGUACUUUCCAGUCUAAAAAAUCCGAUGAGAACUUUGAUAAAAAAUUUCGAAACUUCGACUCAUCCAGCGUGCCACCCUGUAAAGCAGAAUUGCUCCAGCAUUUAUUAAGGGUUCGCUAUGUGACUAAGCUAUGGAGAAAUGCGCACUUAAAACAUCCGACAUCUUUAUCUCCAGUUGAUUCCGGUUGGAUCAUUAAUGAUGAUAAGUAUGAUUUUGUCUGGUUUGUGGGAGAUCAAUUACCUUCCACUGUUGCAGAUAUAAUUAUUCAAAAUGAUAGAGUAUUAGAAGACAAUGACAAUUCCCAAUACGAUGAUAUAAAUAAUUCUGACAGUGAGAGCGAAGAUGAUUAUGAUGAUUUUGAAGAUGCCUCUUUUUUUACCUGGCAAGACCUAAAGAAAAACACCAAGUCCAAAGUAUCAAAAAAUAAGCACCAUGCUAAUAAAACUGGCGGCGGAGAAGCAAUUGACGACGAACUGAAUACCACUGAUUUAAAAAUGUUAGACAUUAUAGCACCAGUGUCGGUCGAGUCGGAAUUGCUUUUGAUUUUGAGAUAG